AUGUCGAGUGUGGGCCUUCAAGAAGAGCGGAAAGAUGAGAUGCUCCUGUCGCUGUUGACGGAUGCGUUCGUCCACUUUGAGCGCUUUUUCCGGUUUCCCUUUGGAGGCGAAAAGCUCGGCGUUCUCUUCCUCCCCCAUGAUCUCUCGCCCCUCAGCUACGUUGCGCUCAUUCUUCUGUCUCUUGCCCGAAAAGAGCGCACGCGGAAUCGGUGUCUCCUUUUUCGCAAGGGCACGUGCGCAAAGAGGCAGAACGGCAGCGCGCGCGCGCAGCAUGUUCUCGAAGCCUUUCGAGAACGCCGAGCGGCAGGCGACAAACAGACGGUAGAAGCGAGGAGACAAGGCAAGCAGAAAGUCGAAGACGAGGAAGAGAAAGGCUCGAAGAACAAGGGGACGCAGAAACGUGUCGCUGGAGAAGAAGACUGCUCCAGGACACUCUCUUUUGUCUUUGUCUCCUCGGGUCGUCUUCUACUUAAACUGCGGAAAGAAGCAGCCGACCUCUUCCCCCCUUUUCUCGCCUUUCCACCCGGGUGCUCGCCUAUCGGCUCCUGCGAGCGAUGGACGCACGGAGACGAGGGAAAGGGAGACGCGGGCACAGCGUUGGACGAAGAAGCCAGAUGUGGAACGAACGCGGACAGCCAGAAACGGUCGCGAGCGGCCAGCAAAACGGAAGAGGCCUUUCGCCUUCAAAGAGCCUGGAGGGAGCGCAGGAAAGGCGGCAGCUCUGAAGUAGUCGCCGGAAGCAGGGACAGCGAGGGCAGGGCGACCGAGACGCCGCCACCCGAGCGAGAAAGAGACCCGCAGAACGCCGGAAGCGAGGACGCGAAGAAGAUCCACGAGGCAGAAAGCGAAAGCCUGGAGGAGGCGAGACCAGCAAAACAUUUCGUCAGCCUCGAAGAGCAGGAAGGAGAGCGUCGGAGGCGUGACGAAGGCAGGAGACAGCUGGAAGGCGAGGGGGGUGGGGAAGGCGGCGAAGGCGGCGGGGCGGGACAAAACCAAGACGAAGAAUGGAGAGGCCAAGAACAGGGAGACGCGGAGGAGCUUGCGAGCAUGGAAAUCCUCGAGGACGCGGUCAUCUGGCAGUGGUUUCACCAGCAUAUCAAGCAGUGGGCCUACGCAGCAGAUUCCAAGCAAACGACGCAUCCCCUUUGUUUUGCGCUGACCUCCACGGAUGCUUCUUCCCUCGUCGUCCCCGCCAUCGCCUUCGGGAAGGGCGCCGCCCUCCUCAGACAUUGCCGGUGCUCUGUCGGCAAUCACCAUUUCAUCGAGUUCGACGCAUUCUUCCCGCGCCUCGGGGCGAUUCCGCCAAGCCGCAGAGAAGGCGGCAGUCCCGUCCUUCCCAUACACCGAGUCGCCCUGGACUGCUUUUUCAGCAGGGGCGAACAGGGCGUCAUUUCUCGAGAAAGAAGACGAGACGAGAAAGUCUCCGUUCAGAGGACGUGGGCGAGCGUCACGGAGAAAAUGACGUCCAUCCGCGGGCUGGUUCAUACGCCCUCCCCUCAAGCCGUGCUCUGCAACCCCACAGAUGAACUGUAA